CAAAGUGUUAAAAAAUUUCGUCCAUAACAACUCAGUCACUGGAUUUGACCUUUGAUAUUCACAACUUCUCUUCCCUUUGAUCUUACCCUUACCGUCUCUUCUUGUAUGAUGGAGAAGAUCCAGCACAGUGAGGUGGAAGUGAAGGGACUGAAGCUGCACGUGGCAGAGAUUGGAAGUGGCUCCAAGGCAGUUGUAUUCUUGCAUGGAUUCCCAGAGAUCUGGUACACAUGGAGGCACCAAAUGAUUUCUGUGGCAAACGCUGGUUAUAGGGCUAUUGCCUUUGAUUUCAGAGGCUAUGGACUAUCUGAGCAACCAGUGGAGCCAGAGAAGGAAACCAUGUUUGACCUUGUUCCUGAAGUCGUGGGUCUUUUAGAUGCUAUAAACAUCAGCAAGGCUUUCCUUGUUGGCAAGGACUUCGGUGCCAUCCCAGGAUAUCUUACAGCUGCCGUGCACCCAGAAAGAGUAGCUGCUGUCAUAACUUUAGGCAUUCCUUUUAUUCUUCCUGGUCCCUCUGCUGUCCAAAACCACCACCUACCCAAAGGCUUCUACAUUACUAGGUGGCAGGAACCUGGGAGGGCAGAAGCAGAUUUUGGCCGCUUUCCCGUGAAAUCAGUGAUAAGAAACAUCUACACUCUCUUCUCUAAAAGUGAGAUUCCAAUAGCAGCAGAUGAUCAAGAAAUCAUGGACUUGUUUGACCCAUCUACUCCCCUACCACCUUGGUUCUCUGAGGAAGACCUUUCAACCUAUGCAUCGUUAUAUGAAAAAUCUGGAUUCAGAUAUGCAUUGCAGGUUCCAUACAGGAGUGCUAAGGUGGAAACUGGCUUAAGUGACGUGAAAGUUACUGUUCCAGCACUUCUUAUCGUGGGUGAGCAAGAUUAUUUCUUAAAGUUUCCCGGCAUGGAAGACUAUAUCCGAAAAGGGGUAGUCAAAAAUUUUGUGCCUAACUUGGAAACCGUAUAUAUUCCAGAAGGAAGCCAUUUUAUGCAUGAACAAGUUCCAGAGAAGGUGAACCAGCUCAUCAUUGAGUUCCUCGACAAACAAAGUAUCUGAUUCUGUUCUACAGCUGAAAGCUUGUUUGCUUUUUUGGUUUAAAUAUAUUUUUUUGGUUGUAAUUUAAUUUUUUUUUAUUUUCAUCUUUGGAAAUAUUUUUUCUUUUCGUUUUAAUCCUUAUAAAAUAUGUUUGUUUUAUUUUUUAUUCCUAAAAUACUUUAGAUAACGCUUUGAUUAGUUCAAAAAUGUAUUUAAGUCUAUUUUUUUAAGCUUUGUGUAAAUUCUGCUGGACAAACUUUGUAAUAAACAGGCACAAGUCUGAAAAUACCAGUUCAUGAAGUGGUACAUUCUGU